GGCAGUUGGAUUGAUCUCGUAAGUCGAUCGUGAUCUGAAGAGAGGACGCGUACGUUAUUAAUUCGGUUUUGUUUAACUAAAAACUGUCUUCAUUUCAAUCAAUCGGAGUGUAUCGUUUUUCUUUUAUUAUCUCGGUAUUUUAUUUAAUACGGAAUGUAAUUAUGUAAAGUGUAGUGGAAGGAUAUUUUUGGUGCCUGAAGGUACCUCGAAAAUGGUCACUUUAAUGCCUUGUAACUAUCUAAACGCACAAAAUAGGUGCACAAUGAUUGAUAAAAUGUGUGAACCAAAGGUUAAACGGUCUAGAGAAGAUGGCGAUUCUCCUACUGAAAAAGAAAGAUUAAUCUGCGGUUCAGCUUCAAGCCCUCAAAGUGGUCGUUCUUCUUCUACUUGCGGAUCCCCCCCGCCAAUCACCGCAACGACCGUCGUUCACCCAACUACUGAUAACCUUUCGUCGUCUUCACCUCCAACGGCUAAUUUUACCCCCGCUUGGUCUUUACUAGAUACGCAAGGUGUUAAAACCGAGAUUAGAAGUCCGGGAUUGGCCGAAUCGGAUUGCGUAGCGUCUACGCAAGAUUCGGCGUCAUUUUUUAGUACUACUAUAGAUUUAGGAAACAUUUACGAAAAAGACUACCACCAAUCUUACUCGGCAGCACAUUCUUAUUAUAAUAGUAUUCAACCUGGUUAUGGAUCAUCCAGUGCUACCACUCCUUACAUAAAUUCGGCGGCUUCUUUCUAUAACAAUUCCUCGUAUCCGUAUUCCGGCUUAAACACAUCGAGAGUUUUAAAUCCUGCAUGUAAAGUAAACGCCGGUUACAUUUCUUCUUCUUACUCUUCGCCCAGUUCGCAGUUUAAUACAGCAGGACAAUCUAGUCAGUAUUCUUCUUACGCUGCGUAUACUACGCCGGGCGCCUCUUCUUUCACGCAAGGAUUUUCCACCCAGGGAGUGGACUAUAGCUCAUACGCAUCAACGUAUCCCGAUUCCCAAACUCCACAAUUUGCUUCAGGAUAUUACGCUCAAAGUUAUUCGCCGUAUGUUAGUUCACCAAGUUCCAGUGGUAGCAUAGGCACUACCCCGUAUCAAUUAACGUCACCUCCAAUCUUAGAUAAUUCCCCGACUAAUAUAGCAUUAUCGGAAGGAGCGACGUCUCCUUUGAAACCAGAUAAUAAACGUUCCAGAGAUUCAUCGGGAAGUUUGAGUUCAGAAACGAGAGGAACACGUGGUAGAGGUAGGCGAACGAAUACGGUGUCUCCAACUACUCCAGAAUCCACAACCGACAGGGUUUUCAUUUGGGAUCUCGACGAAACCAUAAUAAUUUUCCAUACAUUGUUAACGGGCAGUUAUGCAACGAAAUACCAAAAAAAUACGCAAAAUGUCGUACAGCUCGGAUUUAAAAUGGAAGAAAUGGUUUUUAAUUUAGCAGAUACGCAUUUUUUCUUUAACGACAUAGAGGAUUGUGAUCAGGUACACAUCGAUGACGUAUCAUCUGAUGAUAACGGACAAGAUUUAUCGAAUUAUAAUUUUAGUACGGACGGUUUUCAAUCUACUAAUACCGCGGGAAGUGGCAAUUUAUGUUUAGCGGCAGGAGUUAGGGGAGGUGUGGAUUGGAUGAGAAAAUUGGCGUUUAGAUAUAGAAAAAUCAAAGAAACUUAUAAUAAUUACAGAAAUAGUGUCGGCGGUCUAUUGGGGGCAUCGAAAAGGGAACAGUGGCUUCAACUGCGAUCCGAAAUAGAAACCGUUACAGAUAAUUGGUUAACACUAGCGAAUAAAUGUUUAACUUUAAUUAAUUCUAGAAGUAAUUGUGUAAAUGUUCUAGUAACGACUACUCAGCUCAUUCCGGCGUUAGCCAAGAUUUUACUUUUCGGUUUAGGAGGAGUAUUCCCCAUCGACAAUAUAUAUUCCGCUACCAAAAUAGGUAAAGAAAGCUGUUUCGAAAGGAUAGUUACGAGGUUCGGAAGAAAAUGUACUUACGUUGUAAUUGGUGACGGUCAAGACGAAGAGGCGGCUGCCAAAGCGAUGAAUUUCCCAUUUUGGCGGAUAACGAGUCACAGCGAAAUCGCAGCUCUGUAUAACGCUCUGGAUAUGGAUUUUUUAUGAUUUCGCCUAUUUAUGUUUACUUUGUAUAAAAUGUAUAUUUUAUAAAUAUUAUAAGAAUUUCAACGA